AUGCCUGCACAUUGUGCAGCGUAUGGUUGCAAACAACGACGCACAGCCGAAUCAAAGAAGGAGGGAAUAACGUUUCAUAGGUUUCCCGGAGAUGAUGAGAUGAGGAGAAUGUGGGAAAAAGCUCUGAGGAGAAAGGACUUUACUGCAAAUAAAGAAACUGUGCUUUGUAGUGACCAUUUUGAAUGUGACGAUAUUGAUAGGACGGGGCAGAUUUGUCGAAUCCGACCAGGUGUCAUUCCAUCAAUUUUUAACUUCCCAGAUCGUCCGAGGAAGGUACGGCGUAAAGAAAAAAAUGCAAGAACGACAAAGACAUCCAUGAAAGCUAAGGAGAGCAUGCCUCAGCCCUUAAUCACCCCUCCAAAAGUCACUAAAAAGAAACCCUCAUUUAAGAUUGAACUUGACCACAACUAUUCACUGCCCAGUUGUCCCGAUGCUUUAAAAGCCAAGUUCAAGGAGUUUGCAUCCCGAUUGUGGGCCCUGGAAAAGGAGAAGAGAAACGCUCAGGUGCGAGAACGAAGGGCAAGGAACACUCUCAUGGCUGUACUGCACAAGCCACUGUGCAACGCUUUUAUUUGA